AUGUUCGUCCUCACCGGCCUCGUCACCGCGCCCGAGGCGCAGGGACUGGGCCACACCGGCGCGCUCCUCGAGGUGCUUCUCGCGACGGCGGACGCGGAGGGGCGCGCGGUGCGCACCUCGACGACGGACGCGGCCGGGUCCUACGCGCGGCACGGGUUCGAGCUGCUUGGCGAGGCGUGGGUCGCGACGAACGAUCCGGACUAUAACAGACCCCCGGCGCCCGUUCGCGCGAUAUCAGGGAGCCUCAGCCACCUCAAAGUAGGCUUGUAG